AUGGAGCUACUGAUUCUUUGUGAGUUUCAAAAGUACGUUGUAAAUGAUCAUAUAACUCCAUUCCUUGGAUGGUACUUGGAAGAUGGGAACUUGUGUAUUGUGACAGAAAACACACAUAAUACUUUGAUUGAUUACCUGCAACAACUUGAAUCUCCCGAUAACCAUCAGAAGGAAUUCCAAAAAAUAAUCAGACAAAUUUCCAGUGGAAUGUGUGCUCUCGAAUUAAAAAAAGUGGAACAUCGUGAUCUAGCUGCACGAAACAUCUUUCUUGACAAAUCAAAGAACGUUCGAAUAGGUAAUUUCGGGCUAAGCAGACCGAUUGGCACUAGAUACAACGCUGGAAGUCCCAACCCGAAAUGGUCGGCUCCAGAAGUUUUACAAGAUGAAAAUAACUCUGACACGAAAUCGGAUGUGUGGUCAUUUGGAGUCACAAUUUGGGAGAUAUACACUCUAGGUUCGGAGCCAUACGAAAAUACCGCGAACAAAGAUCUCUUCCAGAUUCUUCAAAGUGGAAGUAGACUAGAAAUACCGAUGGCAAUGCCCAACAGGAUUGGAAACCUCAUGAAUAGUUGUUGGAAUCUUGAACCAAGAAACAGGCCCUCAUUUGCUGACAUCUACGCCAGUUGUUCUAAAUAUGCCGGAGUUGGCAAUAACUAA